UAAAUCUGACAACUCAAUUUGAUGCCGCUAGCGCCAUUGCUAAGACAAAUUAGAAAGUGAAAUAUAAAAUCAUAACUCUACCGGCCGAAAACCAUGCAGCGGUGCAAAUUUGCACUUUUGCUGAUUCUCGAGGAAAACAUCAAAUUAAAAGUAGAUUCUGAGCUUUAAAAAGUCAUUAAAUCAAAGGGGAUGUGCUCCUGUUAUAACUGCAAGAAGUGCCCUGAAGUGAAGACCACGAUUUUCUUAUGUGUGUAUAUAUAGAUAUAUAUAUUUUAUAUCUAUACGUAUAAGAAGUCUAUUCUAUCUGUUGAAAUCCUUUUUCUCUCUCUCUCUCUUCUCUCUCUCUCUCUCUCUCUCUAUGUUUUUAUCGGUGGACUGACUAACCUCUGAGACGACCCAAGUCCGGUUUUCUGAGUGAGCAGCAGAUCGGAUUAAAUGUCUUUGGGGGUUUUGGUGAAGCUGGUUCAGGCAAUGGGACUAGGGAGAAGCUGGGUUUUCGGGGAAAAAGGGGUGAUUCUGACAAUUUGCGGUAGAAUUAGCCACCAGAGGGCAGAUUAGAAUGGUGGAGAAGUAAAUAGAAGACAAAGAAGGAAAAGAGUGAUUGAUUUAGUUUGUGAAAUUGCUAAGAUUCAAGGAUGAACUUUGGAAGGGAAUUUUCAAUGGCGGAGAAUAAAGAAUUUCGGUUAAAGGAUUCAUGGAUACCUGUAACACCUGAGAAGCCUAUCCUGGCAAAAUCCCAUCAAGGGAACCAAACGGGUAAAGCAGAAUGGCCAGAACAUGCUGCGAUUUCAUCAGGAUACAUACCAGAGAUGCCUAAUUACAAUACCAUCUACCAAAAUCUCAAUACAAUUUCGAAUGUGGAUGGAAAUGCCGGUUACUAUGGAUAUGGGGCAAGUACAAGUCAGAAAAAUCAAGUUAAUCACAAUGUGGGUUCUUAUACACAGUCCUCUCAAAAUGGCAGCACAAGUUGGAAUAAUGAUCCCUUUAUGGAACAGAUCCUACUGGAGAAUGCUGAUUUUGUUUCAUAUGCAAACAGCAAUCUUUUUAGAGGCAUAGGCAUGGCAGCUCAAGGACCACCAUUGCCAAAGUUGCAUUCUCAAGAUAUCAACAUCCGGGAAUAUUACCACUCCAGUGGUUUCUCACUUGGUGAUCAGAAUAACCAUCCAGCUUCAACCACCCUGGUGAAUAGUGUGAUAGAGCAACCUGUGAUUCCAAAAAUGCAUUCUCAAGUCGAGAACAGUUGGAGGGGUCCCAACUUGAGUAAUCUGUUGCUCAGCAACCAAAAUUACUCCUUGGGUUCAAAUCCAGUGGAUAGAGGCUGCAACGUUUCUCAGAUACCCCAUUAUGGUUUACCUGUAUCCUCCCAGCAUAGCUAUAAUCUGAACUCACCACCAAGAAUAGAAGCUGACGCUCUCCCAAGUAUCAACAACUUGCUUCAAUUUAUACCAGUAACACCGGAUCAGGCUAGGAAAUCAGAUAACAACCAGCAUUCUUCAACACUGAACUCCAGAAUAGAGGAGAGGCAAAGGUGGGAAAAAAACUGGCAGGACAAUUUAGUUGCAUAUAAUGGAGAGGCCAAAAUUCAACAACACUGGGGUGAAGGUCAACUGCAAAACAUUGUAGACAUGUCAUGUGCAACCAUUUCUACGCCAUACAAGGAAAAUAAAGAUUCUGAUAAGCAGAGUGGUGAAUACAUUGACCCGAAUACAACACCACAGCAGAAACCACCCAGAAGAAGAAAACACAGACCCAAGGUGAUUAAAGAAAGCAAGCCCAAAAGGAACCCGAAGCCUGCAGUUCCCAAAAAUACAGAGUUUAAGGAGAGCAAUCCAGGUAAGAGAAAAUAUGUCCGGAAGAAACCCCUGAAAGGCUCCACAGCUCAACAUGCAGAAAUUACAAUGGAAACUAUAGGUCCACAUCCCAGAACAGCCACUAAAACAUGCAGGAAAGUCUUAAAUUUUGAUUUGGACAAGGACAGAGAUGAAAAUCUUGGGGAAACAGUUGCUCAGCCAGAGGAGCUGCAAGAGACAAAGAAGAGGGGUCCAUGUGUUACUUCAGAUUCUCAAGCUAGGGAACUAUGUAGUGGAACUAAACAUGUUUGCAUGUCGGCUGUACAGGGUGGACCACACGAGAGACUGAUUGUAGAAAAUGAGAAACCAGGACAGGCAACCAAUGCUAACCCUUCAGUGUAUCAAAGGCCGAAUGACUACAAUGCUCUGCCAUACACGCAAACAGUUUUUGCUGCCCCACCAGUCACAACAAAAGACAGGCAAAUGAAAGAUUUCUUCAUCAUCAGAAGCCAUAAAGAAAAGGGAAAUACUAAUCUAGACCAGAACAUGAGUGGAAACCAACAUACUCCCAUGCAACAACAUAUACAUGCAGAAGGGAAGAGUCAAGAUGGAUUCCAAGGAAAAGCUGAUUGUGAAAAUCUUGAGAAUGAUAAAUUGAUCAGGCCAAGCAGCAUUCAAUCUGUAGAAAAGUUUCUGCCCAAGUCUAGUGAAGAAAGGGGAUCGAAAAGAAAACAUUGGCAUACAAUUGAAAAGUUACAGCACUAUACCACCAAUCUGAUGGGUUCAGCAAUGUGCAAAGAGGUCUUUCAGAUAGAUGAAUGUCACAGAAAUGGCUAUAUUCCAAGCACAGGAUUUUCACAACAUCAAAAGAAAAUGAAAAUCGGGAAUGACUACACAAACAUCUAUAAAAUGCCUUCUAGCACAGCAGAAGCAGAAGAUUGGAGUAAAGUUGGAACACCAAGAGCAAAUGAUGUCAAUCCAAAGGGUCUUAUGUCAAACAUGAACUCUGAUGUGCCAAAUUCAAAGAUAAAUAACAUAGGUGUUGAAAAUCUUACUGGUGGCAGAUCCUUUCACUCCAUUGGUUUGGAGCACAAUUUACUUAAGCAGCAACUAUCAUCCCAACAACAUAUUCACAAUAAUAGGAUGGAAUCUACAAAUAAAUUGAGUCGAGUUCACAGCUUUUCCACCGAAACCACAAUUGAGAACUGCAAACAUCUCCCACCAUCUCCUCCCGCAGAAUCCCCAGGACCAGGAAAUAAACAUCUGUUCCAAACUCUCAGUAUCAAUAUGUUGGCAAAGAAGCAGGCAGGGGGAACCAGUCCUCUGAAAUCAGUUUUAUCUUGUACGGAGAAAGAGCUGCAAGAAGACAAUAUUUUCUGUGAAUAUCAGCCAUCUACAACAAAAAGAAGAGGCCGAAAGAAAAAGCAUCAUGUAUCAAUAGAUGACAUAAUAAAUCAAUUUAAUGGCCUCACUCUUGAUGAAAGCAGAAAGGGAUUACAUAUGCAAGAACCGAAUGCAAUUGUGCCAUACAAGGGCGAUGGUGCAGUUGUUCCAUAUGAUAUGAAGAAACACAAACCUAGACCUAAAGUGGACCUUGACCCUGAAACAGACAGGGUUUGGAAACUUUUGAUGGGUAAGGAAGGAGAUGAAGGCCUGGAAGAAACAAAUAAAGAGAAGGAGAUAUGGUGGGAAAAUGAAAGGAAAGUCUUUCGUGGACGUGUUGAUUCUUUCAUUGCUCAAAUGCAUCUUGUUCAAGGAGAUAGACGUUUCUCUCGAUGGAAAGGAUCUGUUGUUGACUCAGUGAUUGGAGUUUUCCUUACUCAGAAUGUUACAGACCAUGUAUCAAGCUCUGCCUUCAUGUCUCUGGCAGCACGAUUUCCUCUUAAGUCAACAAGCAACAAAACACAAGACAAGGUUGGGCCAAACACGGCAAAUAAUGAGCCAGAAAUCUCCAUAAUAAAUCCAGAAGAUACUACUGUAUGGCAUGGAGUACCACGCCAACCAAUUUAUAAGCAAAGCUCUCCCACACUCCAUGAAUCUGGAGAGCAUAAAUGCAGAAGUGAGACGUCUAGGACAAUUUGGAGAUUGGAGGAAGAGUUCAUCUCAUCCCAAGAGUCUUUUGACUCCUCAAUCACUCAAGGCCUUGUAGGCAGCAGAUCCAGCUCAGGCUCCAACUCAGAGGCAAGUCAAAGUACAGGAUGUGGAUCCAGCAACAUUCAAGUUCCAACUUCAACACUAUGGAUGGAGAACAUGUUCCAGGAAUUUGACAGUUAUGUAACUGGAAGUUCAGUUUUGAACAAGGAACUGAAGUAUGGGAUAAUUGAACAUGGCCAGCUCAAUGCAGGAUCAGUGAUUACCCAACCUCAAAGUUCAAAUCCCUCCAUUGCUUAUCAAAUUAAUCCUCACAAUGCAUGCAUGGAAUGGCCGGCUGCUGCUCCUAGAAAGAAUGCGUUGCAUAUGACCUCAAAUUCUAAAGCACCAGAAGUGUGCCUUGAAGCUCUCAGUGAAGAAAGCAUAUCUUCUUGGCCUUCAACUGCAUCCAGAUUUGAUAAGGGAAAGAGAAUUGAAGAAUUAGCAGAUAUCUCUGGAAAUUCCUUAGUGCAACAGAAUGGACUAUGGAGGCCUCAAAAAUAUUCAGCAACAAACCUAAAUGCAUCAUUUGGCAAUCACUCAGCACAGAAAGAAAGCAUUGCUCAAACUGGACAAAGUCAACCAUCUUGCAAAAGUUAUCAAUGUAAGAGGGAUAAUACCUUACACUUGGAAAGUACAUCUGCUAUAGAGACCAUAAAACUUACCGAAGCACUCAUCAAGACACAGGAUGCAACCAACAAGCAUGUCCCAAAUGUCAGUAAGGUCGCAGAAAAAGUUUCUGAUCUUGUAGAGAGUAACCCUGCAGUGAAUACAAAAAUACAUAAAGAGACGAAAUCAGUUGAGCAAAAUUUUAAGGAGCAAAUCUGUACAUCUAAUCAUGCUAAAAAUGAGACAAACACAAAACUUUCAAAAGCAGAAAAAGGAAAUGCUACAAAUGUGAAAAUAAAUGCAGUUGACUGGGACAAUUUAAGAAAGGGGGUGGAGACCAAUGGUAGGAGAAAAGAGAGAAGAAAAGAUGCAAUGGACUCAAUAGACUAUGAAGCUGUUAGACUUGCUAACGUCGAGGAAAUUGCUGAAGCGAUUAGAGAACGAGGAAUGAACAACAUGCUAGCAGAAAGAAUCAAGGAAUUCCUAAACCGACUGGUCAGAGAACAUGGAAGCACUGAUCUUGAAUGGUUAAGAGAUGUUCCCCCAGAUCAAGCAAAGGACUACUUAUUAAGUAUUCGAGGAUUGGGGUUGAAAAGUGUGGAGUGUGUGCGACUUUUGACACUUCACCAUCUUGCUUUUCCAGUUGACACAAAUGUUGGAAGAAUAGUAGUACGACUUGGAUGGGUGCCCCUCCAGCCUCUACCUGAGACACUUCAAUUGCACCUUCUGGAACUGUAUCCAGUACUGGAGUCAGUUCAAAAGUAUCUUUGGCCAAGAUUAUGCAAGCUUGAUCAACGAACACUAUAUGAGCUACACUACCAAAUGAUUACAUUUGGAAAGGUUUUCUGCACAAAACAAAAACCAAAUUGUAAUGCAUGUCCAAUGAGAGGAGACUGCAGACACUUUGCUAGUGCUUUUGCAAGUGCAAGACUAGCCUUACCAGGACCAGAGGAGAAGAGUAUUGUAAGUUCCAUUGCUCCCACUCUAGAAGAGAAAAACCCUGCUCUAGGCAUCAAUAUUUCACCACUACCCCCACCAGAGAAUAAAUUGCUUGAAGAAGCUGACUCUGAAAUUAGCAAGUGUGAACCAAUAAUUGAAGUUCCAGCAACGCCAGAACCAGAAUGCACAGAAGUAUCACAAAGUGAUAUUGAGGACUUAUUCAAUGAGGAUCCAGACGAGAUCCCUACCAUAAAACUCAACAUGGAAGAGUUCACAAUAAAACUUCAAGACUUCAUGCAGACACACAUGGAGCUCCAAGAAGGUGACAUGUCCAAGGCUUUAGUUGCGUUGAAUACAGAAGUGGCUUCUAUCCCUACACCAAAACUAAAAAAUGUCAGUCGACUACGAACAGAGCACCAUGUAUAUGAGCUUCCAGAUUCACACCCUCUCUUGGAAAAGCUGGACAGACGAGAACAUGAUGAUCCAAGCCCAUACCUUCUUGCUAUAUGGACACCAGGUGAAACUGCAAAUUCAAUUCAACCACCAGAAAGAAGGUGUUCCUCCCAAGAGCCAAACAAACUAUGCAAUGAGAAGACAUGCUUUUCAUGUAACAGUAUCAGAGAAGCAAAUUCACAAACAGUCAGAGGGACAAUUUUGAUACCUUGUAGAACAGCAAUGAGAGGAAGCUUUCCACUAAAUGGAACAUACUUUCAAGUUAACGAGGUGUUUGCAGAUCAUGAUUCUAGUGAUAAUCCAAUUGAUGUUCCCAGAGAAUGGAUAUGGAAUUUACCUAGACGUAUAGUAUACUUUGGAACCUCAGUGACAUCAAUAUUCAAAGGCUUAUCAACAGAGGGAAUUCAAUACUGCUUCUGGAAAGGAUUCGUUUGUGUGAGAGGAUUUGACCGAAAAACAAGGGCACCACGGCCCUUAAUUGCCAGAUUGCAUUUUGCCGCAAGUAAGUUGGGCAAGACAAAAAAUGAUUAGGGGAGACAAAACAGACCAUGAGACAGAAGAUUACCAGCAGAGAAAAAGCAAAGAUCACUGACAGUAGGAGAAGAAGAUUAUUGACUAACACAUUGUUGUACAUUCAAUUAUUCUUCCUCUAACAUGAGAUGCAUUCAUAUCUCAGCAAGGGAGCAAGAAUCAAUAUAGAAAGGAAUGCGAGAUCCCAUAAGUGUGGGAAGUACCUGCACAACAAAUUUAACAACUAUUUUUUUUUUUUCUUUUUUUAAGUCAAAGCUCAAAACAGAGCAAUUCUUCAUAAACUAGCGUUGUCACUCUCCCAAAUAGAGAAAAAUAAAUAAAUAAAUAAACUAAAAUAAAAACAACUGAGUUUGCCAGGUUCA